GUCCUGAUUGACGUAAUUAUCAUAUGGUUUUGCAUCAGACUUGAGGUAGAUGGCGACUUUACAAAGCCUACACGUGCCUGCUGAAUAGCAAACACAAACCGAUCAAAUUUGUUACCGGAGGCCCUUCUUGGAGGCAGAGAAGGAGAUUGACGGUCGUUCAAUACGGGAGUAUCUUUCUUUAAAAUAAUACUUGUUGAGCAACAGCAGAGCUUCACAAGCGGUUCGAUGCCGCCUCAUGCAUCUUUUGCGGAUGUAUUUUGACCGCACGACUGGAUUGCACUGCUACCUGUAAGCCCAGCCCAGCAGCGUGGAAACAUAGGUCGAAUGCCAUUGGUUCAGGCUGGACUUUCCCGCUUGUGCUGCCCCCUAGAUGUUUCAAGUCAGGGUGUCCUCGACUCCUCGCAGCUCUAUUCCGGAAAUAGAUUCAUUUCGGCCUUUAGACCCAUGGAGAUGCCACCCCCCGAACAGCCCUUUCCAGAAGCAUCGUGGGCGUUGUGAAAAGCCCUGCCAGCCAAAAGACAGAGCCCCAAUGUCGUCGCAGGAAAAAGACCCCUCUCCUUUUGCAGCGCGACAAAAAUCAAUUGUAGAAACACGUCUUGCACCUAGGCAAGACCCUCCCUCACACGACAUUCACGCUCCUGGCUGUUCUACAUUUCGCGUUGCGGGGUUCGGAUCUUGUCUUGUCUUGUCCUGUCCUGGUAUCGAGGAUCUGUUGCGGCGGCGUUUGUGUCUCGGCGCUUGUUCUGUCACUCUCCCACGCACGAAUAGACAGCCCUUGUCUGGCCCUCCCACUCCCACUCCCACUGCAGUCCGUCAAUCAGUCCAGCUCCCAGAUUCAAGCAAGCAGAAGCAAGCGAUCUGAGCGCCAGGCAAUUCAGCGCCUGCCUCCCUGUUUGGUCCUCCUCUCCAUCCUGCCGCUCCCUGGCGCAUUGGUGCUUACCAUUGGGUACAUAAAUUUACAUUGGAGGCCGGUGGGGUCAGCGCUCCCUUGAUCUCUUCAAAGAUCAGAUUUGUCUGUGUCCACUCUCCAAAGCAUCAGCCUGGUCGAAAGUCGCGACCGCAGUCGAACAUCCUCACAUCUAUCUCGAACAGCCAGACGUAGCCUCCACUGCGCGCCUGUUGCGCCAAUAUUGACUUAUUGUCGCAUCGACUGUUCUUCACCUCGUCCAUUCGAUCCUACGAGCACCACGCACGCGCGGGACUGUUAUCCUACCAUCGUUGCUGAUCCCUAUCCCGGCAUCAAUCGAACCGGCAGAGCAGACCCCGAUCUUCUCCUCGUUGCUUUUGCGCAAGCCUGACUACGACACCUGGUGGGAAUCGAGGCUUGCUGGCAAGCUGCCACCGAUUUCGUAUCAUCACACACGACGGACUUACAUAGCGCGCCUUUCGAGGAGGCUGGUCAAAAGGACGACUCCAAGAUGACAGCAGUCAUGUCUCCUACGCUGGAUACAUCAUCCCCAGCGACAUCGCCUUCGCCAGUUACGUCCCCCUCAUCGAACCCGAACCAUCCUCCAUUACCACCUCUGAUUACCUCUCCUCCCGCCCGACGGUCAAAUCUUCAGCGACCGACUUCACAUGCGUCCAAAAACAGGCUAUCACAAUACUCGAACUACUCGGUGCCUUCGAGAUCGAGGCCACCAUCACAUAUCUUCCCGGUCUUCCAUUCGAGUCUGCCAUACACAACAGUGCGUGAUUUUGCAUAUCCAGUCUUGCAUCCUAUGCACUAUGGACCGCCAUUGGAGCCUUCUCAACCACCUUCCGGACUGUCAACCCCCGCAAGCGAAACACACAGGCGGCUAUCUGAUCCACCGACGUCCUGGGAUAGUAGAGGAAGCUGGGUGCCUGGGUCAUGGGCAACCGAAGGUCUUAUGAAGGGCGAGCAGUUGGCACCUAUACACUUUGGAGACGGCCCGCCUUGGAGCGAAGACGAAGAUCUUCAAAGCCCUGUGGUAGUCAGUUCGCGCCACAGAAAGCACAAGUCUUCUACUGGUGGGUUCGGAAGUUCACAAGGGCGUGGUCGCGGACGGAACCGUAGGGAGGAUGGCGAGCGGACUACCAGUAUGCUCAGUCAAGAGAAUUACGAGCAAGAUAGAGGAUUCUUCGUUGGCAGGGGAGGCGAUGGCAGCGAGAGGUAUUAUGUGAACGAAGGAGAUGAGGCAGAUGGUCCGGGAGGAGAGUUCGUUACUUAUCCACCAGAGCAAGCUCGACACUCGAACUUGGCGCCUUAUAACGUCCCAGGUCAGAGAGAUUCACACUUUGCUGGUACACUGCCUAGUAGGUCAUAUACAGACGAGACAGGGCUGGAAUACCGGUCCGAAUCGGAUGCUUCGAGCUCAGCUUCUUCGCCUGGACUGACACGACAUGAUGAGUCCCGGUACUCGAGGGACUAUCAGUUCACAAUCGCAUCACCAGAUGAGGAAAUGCAUGGAAAAGCUGUGGCACUUUUCGAUUUCGAGCGGGAAAACGAGAAUGAGCUACCUCUGGUGGAGGGGCAGGUCAUAUGGGUAUCUUACAGGCACGGCCAAGGAUGGCUUGUUGCUGAGGACCCAAAAACCCAAGAAAGUGGUCUGGUUCCAGAAGAGUAUGUUCGUUUGUUGCGUGACAUACAAGGAGGACUAAACUCCUUAACUGGGCAAGCAACCGAUCAGUUGCUCAGUCCUGUCGCACCGGAUUCAGGUACACCAACGCAAGCAGAGCACGGCCAGGGCUUUGGGCAUACACCAACACCUAGCAAUGGGAGCAAUGGAUAUCAGCAGCCAAUAGUUUCGACCUUUUCUACCUCCUCAAAAGAUCUCCACCCAUAUCCCCAGCAUCUUUUAGGGACACCAGCUGGUCAGCCACCACCACAAGUCAUCCAUUACCAUGGCCAACGGGGCGGGAGUCAAGCAAACACACCGACGUUGUCAAGCUCCCAGGAAGGCGCUAGAGAUGGGACUACCAGUCAAGAUACAAAAUCUCGCAAAACGGAAGACAGCUUGAACACCACACCAAUCGCAACUCUGCCAGGCACAAGGUUAGAGACUGCAAGCAAACAACCAGGUAGUCCUGAUAGUGAUUCGACAGAGGGGUCUUCUGAUGCGGGCAAGGAUAUCUCAAGUCCAUGACCUCAUGGCACUGCUUUGGAUUGCUUUUAGAAGAGGACAUAUGAGAGUUUCUAGCGUUUUGGUUCCUGUGCAUUUUUGCUUCUUCGUUUUGCCCAUACCCAUUUAUCGCCGGUCGGCUUGCAUAUUCUUUUCUGGAAAGAAGAACAUUCGCUUAAUACUUUUUGGCCUUCCACUGUAUUAUCACAUCUUUUAUUUGGGUGGUCGGACGAGAACUGCAGGGCUCCGUUUAUAGGUGGAUCUGAAGAAAGGGAAAGGAAAGAAUUGGUGCAUAAUAAGGUUAUCAUGAGCUUAUGACGGACCUCGUUUUCUGGGGUUGAGCUUGGGGCUGUGGUUAGGUCAUGAACUCUCCUGGACUGGGUUGGAUCAGCAGAUGUAUGAGUUCAGACGAGCUGUUGAUGAAUUGGUAUAGUGGUUAUAGAGUAGUUGGUACAUAGCGGAGCAGAAAGAACAUUGAAUCGAACUCUUUUAUUGACUUACAGAGCCUGUAGGCUCUAUUCCGUGGAUCAACAAGGCAUUUGCAUGCCGUUAUCAAAGAAGCAUUCAAGAUCAAAUCUAGGAUAUAGGACUUCAGUUCGCCUAAAGACUGACCUUUGUUCUGAGUUGUCAAGUACCUGUUGAGAAAGUGAUAAGAUAUCAGGAUGUGAUAAGUGAUAAGUAAGGUACCAGCAUCUAGCGG